CUCCGCUGGAGAGAUCACUGGGAUUCUUCCCUUGGGUUUAAAUAUUGAAAAGGGAUGGCUUUGGAAAGGUUCCUUACUGAAUCUGAAGGAUGGCUGAUAAUUUAGAUCAGUUUAUUGAAGAUCGAAAGGCUAACCUGGUAAAAGACAGAGCUGAAUUGGAAAAUGACCGUUCACAUAUGGAUAUAAAGAGCAAUGCUAUAGAAAAGCUUUCAGAAAACAGCAAAAUAUUAAUCUCCAUGGCCAAAGAAAACAUUCCACCAAAUCGUCAAGAGAACAAAGGUUCUUUAGGGAUUGACUAUGGAUUGAGUUUACCACUUGGAGAAGACUAUGAAAGGAAGAAACAUAAAUUAAAGGAAGAACUUCGACAAGAUUACAGACGCUAUCUUACUCAGAAAAAUUUUCCAUCCACGGGUGAAAUAGAUCCAUCUACUCUGGGAGUAUCUCUUCCUAUUGUUGAGAGGUUAUCUGCUAAGGAGAGAUUGAAACUUGAAAGAAACAAAGAAUACAAUCAGUUUCUCAGGGACAAGGAAGAAUGGAAUGAAAAGUUCAGAGAAGUUCAGAAGAAAAAUCCAGAGCAUGAAAUUGAAGGAAAUAAAACAACUGUCAGUAAAAUUAAAUCUGAUUUACAUUCGCAAGUACAACCAUCAAACAGAAAUCCAGAAACCACCCGAAAAGAUGUUUCAUUGCCUCCAGAGACCUAUGAAGAGCUUCUAACUCAGAGACGUUUGGAGGAGGACAGAUAUCGUAGAUUGGAUGAUGAAAUUGAAUUAAGGGAUACAAAACCACAUAAAAAACCUAAUGAAGAAGUGGACAUUUACAGGAGGAAACACCAGGAGAUUUCCAACAAAGUUGCUAUUCCUAGUGGAAGAUACCAUAGAUUUAAAGAAGAUCAAAAUUUUGACAGAAAAUGUUACAGACCAGUCUAUGGUCCUGAAGGAAGUGAAGAAAUGAACCCUUGGUUUAGAUAUGAAAGUGAUUUUGAUAGAAGACCUUUGAGGGUGUUUACAACGGACAGGAUGUACAGAAACAGACGAGAAAGAGGUCCCCCUAUGGAACAUGAGGAAGAUUUUCCAGAACAACCAAACAUACGCGUUUCAUCAGCUGGAAAUAACAGAGCAGAAAACAACCAAUGUGAUGAUGAACGAUCAAAGUCUGCCAAUGUUAAAACAGAGACUCCUAAUACAGGGAUGAUUUUUGCAAGUCAAGAUCCAGAUUCUAUUCGGAAAAAGAAAGAAAAGUACAGACAAGAACUUUUGGAACAAAUAGCUCAGCAGCAGAGAAAUAAGAGACGAGAAAAAGAACAAGAACUCAGUGUUGCAGCUACUGGAGAAUGUGACCCUGAGAAAUCGCUAAGUAAAAAGGAGCCUGAUAGACUAAAGCAGUUAGGUAUGAAACCAAGAUACUAUGAAAAGAAGUGUUCAGUUUUCGAAGAAAGGAUUCCACCGGAAAGGCCCAAAGUAGCUUUCCAGACACCUCUUCCUGCCUUACCUAUUUCAUCUGUAUGUGAAGAUUUUAACAAAGGGAUCAGUACCACCCUUGGUGAAAUGAUGUCAUCCAGGGUUACUUCUCUACCUCCACCCCUACCCCCUCCACCUGCAUCAUCUUUGCUCAACUAUCGAACUCCUUUUGAUGAAGCGUACUAUUUUUAUGGGACCAGGAAUCCUUUGGAUACCAGCCUUGCAUAUUGUAACCCAGGAAUGAUGAGAGUACCUCCACCCACCUUGGCUAGUGCCCCUGCUUCUCAAGAACCUAUUGUGAACAGAAGUAUUUUGAAUGAACUGAAUACUAUGAGAGAUAUAACAAGAACAGGACUAUAUUUUGAAGAUAAGCCAAAACCUACAAGUGAAUCAGUUCAAACUUAUCAGUGGGAUUUGCAGCAGCAGAUACGGGAAAGAGAAGCAAGGCGGAAGAAAGAGCAAGCAGAAAAAGAAGAAUAUGAAGCUAAACUUGAAGCUGAAAUGAGAAGUUACAAUCCCUGGGGAAAAGGUGGAGGCGGAGCACCACUCAGAGAUGCCAGAGGAAAUUUGAUAACUGAUUUGAAUAAGAUGCACAGACAAAAUAUAGAUGCCUACCAUAACCCAGAUGCAAGAACACAUGAAGACAAAAGGGCUGUUGUUUCCCUAGACCAAAAUUUAGCCACCACAAAUGCUGAGAACCUAGAAGAUUCUGCAAAUAAGAAUUCAGCUCAUUUAGGUACACAGAGUUCUCCUUAUGCCCGUGGAAACAUUUUUGGUGAGCCGCUAACUGAACUUCAGAUUAGACAGCAAGAAGCAUACAAGAAUUUCCUUCGUUUUCAGAUUGAGGAGAAGAAACAAAGGGAGGAAGCAGAGCGAGAGAAGCAGAGACUUGAAGAAGAGAAAGAAGAAAGACGUCUAGCAGAACAGAGGGCCAGAAUUCAACAAGAAUAUGAAGAAGAACAAGAAAGGAAAAGGGAGAAAGAGGAGGAGCAAAGAGUAAAAAAUGAAGAAUUGAUACGAUUAGCUGAAGAAAGACGAAAAGAGGCAGAAAGAAAGAAGAAAGAAGAAGAAGAAAAGCAUGAUUUACAACUUCAACAUUAUUAUGAACGACAAAAACCAGUUGGAGAACAGAUAAUCAGGCAAUCUAGACCACCUUCUCCUGUGGUUCCUGCUCUUCAGAACUUACUCAAAGGCAAAGUGCAGAGAACUCCUUCAGUUGAAACUACUGUCAUUUAUGAUCGUCCACAGUCCAGAGUGAAGUCUCCUCCAGUACCUGCUAGGAAAAACCAGCUCCGUGCAGAUGAGGAGAAAAAAAAUGUAAUAAAUGAAUUAUCAGAAAUGAGGAAACAGCUUCGUAGUGAAGAGAGGCGUCUUCAAGGGAAAUUGCUAUAUGUGGAUGUUGAUGAUGAAAGAAGCAUCAGGAAAAGGGAAAAGUAUCCCAUGGAUAUAUUUGAUAUGGCCAGGUUUCGAUUGCAAGCUCCAGUCAGAAGACCUUCUUCCAAGGGUCUAGAUCCUACUAUUCAGAAUAUUCGUGACUUUAAUAUUCUUAAAGACAUGGAUUCUGAAACACGAAUUGAAGUGAGACAUAUGUAUCCCGAGUCUCCAAGAGAUGAUAAAACCUUAGAGAUUCAGCAACAGGCAUUGCUGAGAGAGCAGCAGAAGAGACUGAAUAGACUUCGAAUGAGAGAAGAUGAAGAAGUUGACCUUGAUGCAAAUCCUGGCAUUAACCUAGGAGAUACUAGAAUGCCUAGGAAUGAAACUAGGGAUUUCCUGAAAAAUUCUCUUUUGGAGUCUGAGAGUGCUUUUAUUGGGACAAAUGGAGAGAGAUAUUCUCCUUUAGAAAUCAAUCCUUUACCUUCCCAACCGUUGAUGUCUGCAAGGGAGCGUAGAAGGAACCAGAUUAAAGAUCUGAAUGAUAAUUUUCAUCCCAAUGUGCAACCUGAUGAUUUCUCCUUAAAGUCAGUAUCCAGCAUAAAUAUUGAGCAUCUUAGAGCUAAAAAUGAAGAACGAAUGCGAAGACUAAAUCAGCUGCAAAAACAAGCUAUUGAUACAGAUGAUGAAGUUUCUUUGGUUGAUCCAGAUGACAUUCUUAAGCACUUUGCAGCCCACAGUGGUGAAAGAAGACCCAAUUCUGUGGAAACUGUAGCCACAGAGCCUUGGCUCCGACCUGGAACAUCAGAGACCCUGAAAAGAUUUGUGGUUGAGCAGCUGAACCAGGAGCAGCGUUCCUCUGAAAAUCCAUUGCCUUUUAACUGGCAGGGCCUUUCUACAGCACAUGGUUAAAAAUAAAUCUAGAUUGGAACCAGUUGUGCCUUUCAAGGUAAAAGGAAUGUUAAAACUACUGAACUUUUUAUAGUCUAGGUCUGUCUUUGUGCCCUCUCCCUGCCCCCUUUCCUCAUGUGGAUGGACAAUCUUUAGCCUGUAAAGUACCAUUCUAGAUGUGUAUAUAUGUAUUUUUUUCCAUAUUUUGUUGCUUUCAUGUAUUCCAUGAAAUUGUACAGAAUGUAUUUUUUUAAAGCCACCAUUACUGUUAAUUACAUAAUGCAUAAAGUAUGGAAUUGUUUCCACAUAUUUUGUCAUAAAUUAUAGUGGUAAUGUAAAGUUCUUGUAAUACCGUAUGUGCAUUAUCUUUAUUCCGCCUAUUACUAGGAUGAAGUGAAUAAAAUUUUAAAGUGUCUUAAAAUAUGUGUAAAACUUGAAGACCCUUUGGUUGUGUAUCUAUCUGUAAAUGCACAACUUUGCCAGUGUCAUCGAUAUUCAGAAUCAUCUUUUUUGUAAUCGCUAUAGCAUGUGUUGUAGCUUUGACUAUACCUUACCAGUUACUAUUACUUAAAUAUGGAAGCAAAGAUGCUGUUUAGUUCUACAUCAUUUGAUAGCUGCUGACUUGGUUACUCUGUAAAUAAAUGAUUUCAAUUUUAUUCUAGUCAAUCAGUUGAAUACUAAAAUGCUAAUUACAUCUUUUCACCUCUGUUGUAUUUUUGGUGCCAACGAAGGCAUUGUCUUAAGUUAAGGUCUAAUUUAUGGUAUGAUUUAACUCCUUGUUAAUGAAAAUAAAUUUUUAUUUUAUUA